ACUGUCAUAUCAUGUCUUAACCCUAUAUAAAAUUUAUGUGUUAACAAAAUGUUAGACUGAAAUUCAAUGUUUUAAUGUGUAAUGUUUUACAGUAUACCAUACAAAUUGCGUCUGAUAUCCCGAAACGAAGGUAAAAUAAAAUCUUAUGAGUCGUGUGUGGACGUCAGAGCUUGGAACCACGAUGUGGCAGUUCGAGGCGGGCACCUCAGAGCGUGGAUCAAGAGUGAUAUGCCCUGCUGUGUAAUACCCGUUUCAACGCUAGUUGCAACUUUGAGGGUAAUGGGUUGCAGGAGCCGUGGCCGCCUCACACCAAGAUGCCAUCCAAAUUGCAAAUCCAAAGUAGUACUGGAAAGUAUAUGCAAUUCUUGUCAGACUAUUAAAGAAUGCUUUCAGAAUAAUCCGAAAUAUGAAAAAUAUUUUGAUGAAGAAGAAUUCGAAACAAGUCAUUGGCCUUGUGAGCGAUGUCUGGAUGCUUUGAAAGGUAUCAAAAUGUUAUGGAAGAUAAUUUUGGAAAAAAUAUUCCGUAUUCAUAUUCCAAAAACGGAGAAAACUCCCCUUAAUGACCGUUCAUACACUAUGUUAACUACGGUUAAAUCAUGGAAAAAUGAAAUUGUCCAUGAAGCUUUAUAUGUUAAAAAUAUGACUGUACUUGAUCUGAAUAAAAAUAAUGACGUGACAUCAAGUUCAUGUAAAUUUCAAUCUGAAGUUAAGCAAGCAUCUCCUAUCUAUCCUGCAAGAUCCAGGAAUGUCGAAACAACUAACGCGAUUGUUAAUAAAAACAAUAAUUCUGUAAUAAAAACUGAAAGUUACGUUGUGAUCGCCAAGACUCCCAAACCACGUAAAGUAAGUAGAAGUAUAUCAGUUAACAUAAAGAAAGCUGAUGUCUGUUGCGAAACCUCUUACUUAGAAGAAGGGGACAAUAAAGUAUGUAAAAACGAUUUGCAACAAAACUUAAACGUACUAAUGGUGGAUAUAGAAAGAUUGAAAAAGGAGAACAUGUCAUUGAAGAUGGAGUUACAGAGCGUUUAUAACAAAAGCGCUCCUAAGCCUCGUUUGUCCCGUUUGGCACCGCUGCUAUCAAAUGACGCUUUAGCCUAUCUUCCUAAACCAUUCGAAGAAGAAGAGACCACUAACUUUGUUGAUGAUGUUAAUUCUGAGAUGAUUAUAACUAUGAAGAAUUGCAGAAAACUGGGCUAUAAACAAGUGUCACUUUUACAAGUUUUGCACAAAUCAAACCAACCAUUUUUCAGUACAAAUAGUAAAACUGACUCAAGUUGCAGAAAAGAAGAUCCCAUCCACGUCUUGGAAAAACUGCAAACUACUUUUGGGGCCAUAAUGCAGCGCGAAGUUGGUCUUGUGAGCAAUAAGAAGUGCAGUGAAAAAUCUUCAUCGGAAAUAGACGCGUCGUAUCAUAACUACAAAAUAAAGCUAAACAAGUCACCUUCUAAGCUACAAAAUGAAACAAAACUGUCGUCUGUCAAUGAAUGUGAUUGUUCCCGGGAUGUGAAGAAGUGAAACAUGUUUGUCUAUGUUGUCGUAAAUAAAAGCAUGCAAACAA